UUGCGUUUAAAGUAUAAGAUAUAAUACGGUGUCGCCACAGGGUUUGGUACACCGUAAAGUUGUUUCAAGAAGGGUAACCACGUUAUUUAAGGAUUAGUGGGACCCAAAACUUUUUUAACACAGGAUGAGGUGUCUGGUGGUUUUAGUGUUGUUUGGGUUGGCAGGUGCCGCCUUUGCACAAUCAUAUGGUAAAUGGCCAAAAUGGAAACAACCAAAAUGGCAACCGCCUAAAUACAAACACCGUAUAGGCAACCUUUACGGAAAUAAUUACGGAAAUAACUUCGGAAAUUCGUACGGAGGUAAAGGCGGGAGCUACGGUAAAAACACCCAUACACAUAAACACACCCAUACUACGAAAUAUGUGGAGAAAAAAGUGCCAGUACCAGUGCAUGUGCAAGUACCUAAGCCAUACCCUGUAGUACGUUAUGUUCCCGUACGAGUCAUUCAGCACGUGCCCGUGGAGGUUGUAAGGAAGGUACCCGUGCCACAACCUUACCCAGUUGUCAAGAAGGUACCAGUUCCCGUGGUAAGGACCGUUGAACGAAAGAUACCCAUUCCCGUUCACAAACCAGUUCCAUACCCAGUUGAGCGAAAAAUACCCGUGCCAGUCCACGUACCAGUUCCAGUACAUGUACCAAAACCAUACCCAGUGCACGUGGUGAAAAAAGUACCCGUACAUAUUCCAGUCAAAGUACCAGUCGUUGUACCUAAGCCUGUACAUGUUGUCCACAAACAGAAGGUACCAGUCCCAGUUCCCGUACCUAAACCGGUUUAUAUUCAAAAGAAGGUUGCCGUACCCGUACCUAAACCUUACCCAGUUCACAGACCAUACCCAGUUCACGUUAAAGUGCCAGUACCCAAACCUUACCCAGUUCACGUACAGGUUCCAGUACCUAAACCAGUUCCAGUAAUGGUUGAGAAAAAGGUCCAUGUCCCAGUACACGUCCCAGUUCAUAUCCCAGUAGAACGUAAAGUUCCAGUCGCUGUUCCAGUUAUUAAAGAAAGGCCUGUUCCAUACCCAGUUAAAGUGGCUGUUCCCGUACCCAAGCCUUACCCCGUAGUACACAAGGUUGCUGUUCCAGUGAAACAACCCUACCCUGUUCCAGUAAAAACACCAGUAGCUGUUCCAGUUGAGCGAAAAGUUCCAGUACCUUAUCCCGUGAAACACAAGGUUCCAUACCCAGUUCACGUUCCUGUUCCUGUUAAACAACCAAUGCCUUAUCCAGUUGUACAAAAAGUCAAAGUUCCAGUGAAGGUCCCGUACCCGGUACCCGUCCAACCCAAGAAAGCACCUAUGAGAAAACCAAAGAAGUUUCAACGUCAUUCAAGAUGGUAAAAACUAAAAGGAACCGGAACAGUUUUAUGUGGUUUCCAUAGCAACCAAAAUUAAUUGCGAGGAGCGGGGUAUACAGCUUAUUAGAUUUAAAUUUCCGUCGUUAUGGCUAUGACGUCAUUUCUACUGUUGCAAUGAUUCCUUUUUUUCCGAAAUUGUAUCAUAUUUCUUCGUAGGGCCCGUUAUACUUUGUUUAAAUUUACUCAUCUUUUUAUGAGAUUUUAUUCUGUUAUAGAAUUAGAUUAUAUUGUCAAUUAUCGCUCCUUUUUUAUUGUGUGCUUAUACGUGUUGUUUUUACAUCUGAAUCAUUCUUUGUGACGCCACGUCUGACGUCUUAUGACGUCAUACAUGAUGUCAUUUGCUAGUGUAAUAAAUAAUCGGACGAAAAUCGUUCUUUAUGGUACAACAAAUGAUUCGCUAACCUGGCAUAAUUUUAUAAUUCAAAAUGGCAAAUUAUUGCUCAGUUUUGCCUAUAAACUACAAACUAUUUGUUAAAAUUUUACUCGAUAAUUUCGAAUGCGACCUGAACAAGUAGAUCUAAAUGGUAUUUAUAUGCUUGACGAUGGAAUUCAACUGUUAUCUAUUAAAUAAAACUUAGAUUUUACAUUA